AAACAUAACAACAAUUUUACCUUACUCUUUUUAAUUGAACUUGACUUAAUUUCCACACCUCUUCCCAAAUCAAUGCUAUUAUACCGUUUGGGGCCUUAAUUUCCAGUUAAAUUAAUAUUUUACCGGGAUUAAAAGUGGGGUUUUGUUCAUAAGUUGGCGACCCUGCUGUUUAAGUUUCGAAAAUCGUGGCGUGCUUUUGCCCAUUUUGCCCCAAUUCCCUUUGAUUCGUGCGCAAAAAUGCCCAAACGAAAGUCUUCAAGCUCAGAUGACGAAAACCGCAAGAAACAUAAAUUUACCAAGAGUGUGCUUACGGACACGACUAACAUAACCAAGAACAACAACCCAAACGAAGAGCAAAUUACAUGGCCCCAGGACGCCGUCCUUCAACUAAUCUCAAACAUUGAGGAAAACAUCCCAAGUGACGAUAACCUUUCUUUCCAUACCCGUUUAGAAAAACUAAACUGGGAAAACAUCGCGUUUGGAGACUACUCCCCAAAGGAGUGCCAAGACAAGUGGGCCUCUCUGUGCAAGCAGGUGCGCAAAUACCGACUUUUGGGCGAGAUCGCGACCGAUAUCCGGCAAUGGGUGACGAACCCGAAGGUCCGUCCGGGGGCGAAGCACCCCGACAAGCCCAAACAGCCCAAAAAUUCCUACAUGUUUUUCUUCGAAGCCAAGCGGUCCGAAGUCAUGGCCCAAAACCCCGACCUCCACCCGGUCGAAGUGUCCCGCAAGUUGGGCGAGUUGUUCAAAAACUUGACCAUGAAGGAGAAGGAAAAGUACGAACAGUUGGCCAAAAUCGCACGACAGGAGUACCUGGAGAAGUUGCAAGUGUUCUACGAGGCGCAUCCAGACCUAGUCCCGAAAAAAACGCCCCGACGUGGCAAAUCCUACGAAGGGCCUGAGAAACCCAAGACUCCGUUCGAACUCUUCGUCAAAGUGGAGUCCGAGAAGGAGGAGAGCGAAGUCUCUCGAUACGUGGUGAUCCAGAAGUGUCGCGAGCGCUGGAACGAGUUUAGCGACAAGGAGAAGUUCUUCUGGAUCAACUGGGCCGAGGAGGAGUACGCCAAGUAUUUGGAGGACUUGAAGGAGUACAUUAAGGAGCACCCUGACUACGAACCGGGGAAGCUGAAGCCGCUCCUCAACAAAAACGAGCAAAAGAUCAAGCAGCGCGCCUCCGGGAAGCCCCAAAGGCCGCCCAAGGGGCCCUACCAGCUGUUCCUCAAAAUGAUGAUGGAGACGGACGAGAUCCGGAAAAUUAACAGCCGCGACUGCGUUAAUUACAUUUCGGACAAGUGGAGGGCCUGUUCUGAGGAAGAGAAGGCUGAGUACAGGACUCGGGUCGAGCAGAUGUGGCUUGAAUACGAUUCGAAACUUGAAGAAUACAUUGCGACUUUACCUCCAGAAAAACGGGACCAGGUGCGGGAGGAGGAAAGUCGCAAUAAAAAAAUUAAGAGCCCCACUGUUGCCCCGAAAAUUGAAGACCAACCGAAAGAGAGGUUGGAGAAACCCACAAUGCCUCCCUCCAACGAGUAUAAGUUUUUCUUGAGUGUUUACAAAGGCAAGGAGAAGCCGGAGACGAUUUGGAAGGCCAUGACCAAGAAGGAGAAGGAGGUUUUUGCGACCAAGUUGAAUGAACUCAGGCGGAAGUACAUCGCUGAUUAUGAGCUCUACUUGAAGAGUUUGAGCAGGGAGGAGUUGGAGAAGUUAGGGGAGUCGCUUGCAGCGUCCUGUGACUCCUCCAGCGAGUCCGAGUCGGACAUGGAAGCCGAAGACUGAAGUUUUUUUUGUUCACUUGAUUCGUUCGUUUUGCUUCUAAGCUAAUAAAAUUAAUUUAUUUUUGUUUGUGUAUCCAUUGUUUUUGUUUCUUGUGUUGUAUUUAAAUAAAGUUCUAUCGUUUGA